CCCCGAAUUUCGAAAUCGGCCUACGAAGAGAGUCCUAUUCACCCACCAACCCAAGCACAAAGUUCAAUCCCUCCGCACCCAAGCGCAAAGCACAAUCGCCCACCAUGCCAAAGGAAAAGAAUUACAACCCCGUCCAAGAAACCAAAAAGGCCGAGAAACAGAAGCAGAUCAAGAAGCAGAAGGCGAACCUCCAAGCGCAGCGCAAUGAGAAACUUGCACGCAGAAAUCCAAAUCGCAUACAGCGCGAUAUCGACAGCCUCAAGGAACUCGAUCAGAAUGGCUCAAUACGGCCACAUGAGAGGCAGCGGUUACAAGAAUUAGAGAAAGAUCUUGCAGCGGUGAACAAGGCGAGAGCAGCAUUGGGUGACAAGGCGCCAGUAUUCAAGCCGGAGAGACGAUUCGACAACGACGAUGGUAGGGAGGAGAGGGGCGGUAGAGGAGGCUUUGGAGGAGCAAGAGGAGGGAGGGGUGGUGUGCUCGGCAAGCGGACUCGCGACGGGCAGAGGAAAGAGGAUGAUAGUAGCGACACGGACGCUGAUGUUGGAAAGAUUCCUAUGCCGCGCGAUACACCUCCACCAAUUCCACGACGAUAUCAACAACAACAAUCACAUGGCGAUGAUGAGGCCCCCACGGAACCAAAGAAACCUACCAUCGUCUACGAGGCCGCACCACAAGUCCGCGACUUCUUGAAGGAAGCUACCAAGUUCAUGCCCGCAUCUGUGGCGCAGAAGAUGAAGCUUGCGAAGGGCGAGGGCAGGUUGUUAGAGCCAGAGGAGUUUGAUAAGCUGAAGGAGGAAGGGUAUAUGGAUAUAAGCUUGAAGAAGCAAGAACCGGGUACAACAGUGGAGCCAGGUGCCGAGACAAAUGAAGAGCUUGAGCAAUUCCUGAAGGAGCAGGGUGCGACAGCUCACGAUGCUGCUGAGCUGGCAGUCGAAGCAGCGAUACAGGAGGCAGAGCACACCAUGAUGGCUGCUGAAGAGAGAGGCAAGAUAGCGACUGUGGGCGAAGAAGCAGAGGUUGCGGAGAAGAAGUUGAGGCAGGUUGAGAUUGAGGACGUUGUGGAUGAGGACCUUUGAGGAAACAGUAAAACGCUCCUAGGUCGAUGGGGAAUACAUCUUCGUGUGAAAUGCGAACGUGGAGAGACUAGAUCAGGAGCAGUGAAAUUUGUGCUGGCAACAUGAGCGGAAGGAACCUUGGAAUGUCAUGGUGUGCGCAACCUGGAAUCAACAUGAAGGCACGAGCAUGCACACAACACAGGCAAAGGAGCAGUUUGCGUUCAGAAUCUCAUUUCAUUCGUUCAUAGGGUAUAGUGAUACAGGCAAAGGUAAGUUUGUAUCCG